GCCAAAUACGUUUUCAAGCAGAGCACACUGUGUGACAGCGGAUAAGGCGCGUUCAACGCUUCAAUUACCCGUUAUCGAUGUAUCGAUUGGAUUUACGUCAGCCCUGGCGUGUGUAAAAGUCAAAAUCGAAACCGAGUAUGAGUGUGUGUGUGCGUGUGAGUGAGAAAGUGACGAAUUACUUUUCAUCAAAUGGAAAAUAGUUUAGUUUGAAAACACGUACCUAUCCAGAACACAAAAAAUUACAGACGUGACAACAUCUAGAAACAACAAGCUAAAUCGGCGCAAAUACAUAGAACCAAACGAGAACGCAACUACACCAUCGAAAUGGCGGAAGGCGGCAGCAAGCGCAUCAACGUGGUUGUAAAAACGCCAAAGGACAAGAAGACGGUCGAGGUUGACGAAGAUUCUGGAAUAAAAGAUUUCAAAAUUCUGGUUGCACAAAAGUUCGAAUCGGAGCCCGAGCAGCUCGUGCUUAUUUUUGCCGGCAAAAUUAUGAAGGACACGGACACGCUCAAGAUGCACAACAUCAAGGACAACCUGACGGUGCAUUUGGUGAUUAAGGCGCCGACGCGCAACAACGAGAUGCCGGCCCGCCAGCCGGCUGACGUGCGCCAAACACCCUUCGGCUUGAAUCAAUUCGGUGGCCUGGCCGGAAUGGAGGCACUUGGAGCCGGAUCGAACACCUUCAUGGACCUGCAGGCGCGCAUGCAGAACGAGUUGCUCAACAACGGUGACAUGCUGCGCUCCCUGAUGGACAACCCGCUGGUGCAGCAGAUGAUGAACAACCCAGAUACCAUGCGCCAGCUGAUCACGUCCAAUCCGCAGAUGCAGGACCUGAUGCAGCGCAAUCCCGAGAUCUCGCACAUGCUUAACAAUCCGGACCUGCUGCGCCAGACGAUGGAGCUGGCCCGCAAUCCCUCGAUGCUGCAGGAGCUGAUGCGCUCGCACGACCGGGCCAUGUCGAACUUGGAGUCGGUGCCGGGCGGCUACAGCGCCCUGCAGCGCAUCUACCGCGACAUUCAGGAGCCAAUGAUGAACGCGGCCACGGAAUCUUUUGGUCGCAACCCCUUCGCCGGCCUAGUCGACGGCGGCGGCUCGGGAGCCGGCAUCAACCCGCAGCAGGGCACCGAGAACCGCAAUCCCUUGCCGAAUCCGUGGGGCGCUGGCGGUGCCAAUUCGGCAACUAAUGGCACAGGCGGUGGCUCUGGCGCCGGCAAUCAAACGGGGGAUCUGCCGCCGAACAAUGUGCUUAACACGCCGGCCAUGCGAAGCCUACUCCAGCAGAUGGCCGACAACCCGGCCAUGAUGCAGAACCUGCUGAACGCGCCGUACACGCGUUCUAUGAUGGAGUCCAUGUCCCAGGACCCAGACAUGGCCUCGCGCUUGCUGAGCAGCAGUCCGCUUUUGUCUAACAACCCCGCCCUGCAGGAGCAGGUGCGUCAGAUGAUGCCCCAGUUUAUGGCCCAAAUGCAGAACCCAGAGGUGAUGAAUAUGCUAACCAACCCGGACGCAAUGAACGCCAUCCUGCAGAUCCAGCAGGGCAUGGAGCAGCUGCGCAGUGCGGCCCCAGGUCUAGUUGGCACCCUAGGCAUUCCACCGCCACCACCGGGUGCCGGCUCUGCAACGGAUCCAGCCAGCGGCGAUGGGAACGGGGGCAACAGCGGUGCCAACACCAACAACGUCUCGCCGAGCAGCGGCUUGAACACUGGCAACACCGGCACCGGCGGCCCAAGCCUGGCUCCGGGCGGUGGUCCUAAUGCGCAGCUUUUCAACGACUUCAUGAUGCGCAUGCUCAACGGUAUGUCGAACAACACGGACAACACACAGCCGCCGGAGGUGCGCUAUCAGUCGCAGUUGGAGCAGCUGAACGCAAUGGGCUUUGGUAACCGGGAUGCCAACUUGCAGGCUCUGAUCGCUACAUUCGGGGACAUCAAUGCGGCGGUAGAGCGACUGCUGUCCCUCAACCAGUUGUCCUUGAGUUAACAACGCUAAGCCAUUUUAAAACUGUACACAACCUGUCUAUAUAUCUACGAACUACAUCUAUAUCUACCACUACAGCCCCGGAGAACGCGAAUGAGAACACGAUGAGAAAGGGGGACGGGUCCUUAUCCCAAACACCCCGCCCACAAAUUCCACGGUUAGCGCUGCUGAUCGCUUGUUUCCCAUCAAGCCGGAAAUAUCUUGAAUCCUUUAUACCCCACAUGCCAACAUACCAACACCCCCAAAACAAAAACAGACAGCUCCACGCGAGCAUUGAAGCUUUGAGAACGGAGAGAUACUAGAGAUAGAGGAUAUGUCGCCGGUGAGAAUGUUUGAUAGGGAUCGCAUACCAAAGUGUCAGCACUUGCGUAGUUGUUAUCAUUUUUUUUAAUUAUUUUCUUUUGGAGAGCUCGGACACCUGAGAAUUCUUAAAGCGGAAAUGUGUGAACCAAACACCAACUUAACACACUUCAACCGAACUAUUUCACGCAUUUACCCUACCUGAGAACUUCGUUGGUUUUCAAUAAACUUAAACGGGCUUGUGCUCUUUUGUCAUUGAUAAUGUAACUAUUUUGUUGUAAACACAUGUGAAUUCCAGUUUUGUGCUCAAGAAAGCGUGACCGCGGUGUAGUUCCAACCGAUUGGUGCAGGGAUCAGAGGCUCUUUUGGCAGACGUAGUAUCCUUUGUUCUGGUCAGGCAGUCUAGUUUUAGUCGGGUGCUAGUGGUUACAGCCGCAGUCCUUCUGAUUCUCCUCCCUUUCUCGCAAUCCGAAAACGUUCUGGAAAUGACAAAACUGCAAAAGGGGACAACGUACAGUAGAUAUCGGCUAUAUGCAAAGGUGGAACAAGCAAUACUGUCUUGGGGAUAUCCUUACGUGCGAAUAUGCUAGGAAAUGCAUGCAAGCAGUGCAAGUAGUCAAUCAAAAAGGGUUAUCGAUUCGUUAAUAUAAGAGCAAUCUCCAAGCGUUAUUUAUCCCAUCCCGUUCAGGGGAAUACAAAUGUAAAAAGUUGUUGCACACAAGCGAUUUGCAUGCUAACGAUAUCUACUGUAAGUUAAUGUGUGUAUAUAGAUAUUUAUAUAUCAAAAUAUUCCAUUGUGUUAACAAAAGACGUAAAACUAUUUAAAACUCCUUAGUAAAGAGAGAAUCCCCAACAAUAAUUUGUAAUGUAAUUUACUCUAAGCUUUUGUAUGCCUAUAACCGACUAUUCGAGUUCCCAUUUUCGAGCAUUUCCGACCAUCCAUCAAUCCUUCGUGCGCUCGCCGUUUAUAAAAGGUAUGAAUUCAAUGUAUACCAAGUGCUACCACCACAAAGCCUCGCUCGUCAGGUGAGCCAACUUCAUCGUGCAAUUGGGUGGGUGGUCUGGUGGGCUAGUGGGCUGGUGGUAGUGGAGCUGGACCGAUUCGAAGGCGAUCGGAACUACGUUUAUUUGUUUAGUGAAGGAAGUGGUGAAACAAAGUAAUUAAAUGUAAAGAUCACAUGUUUUAAAACAGUAAUAAAGCUAAUUUGGUUUUAGAUUA